AGACCAUCUUUGUGACUUGACUUCUUAACUGUUUAUUCAUCUAUCUUCAUAUGGUUAAAUUAACUUCCUCUGCAGACGAAGAUGAAUCCAUUGCAUUGAAGCGAUCCACUUCAGAACGAAGCUUUUGAAUCAUCAUCACACGCAAUGAAGCUUCAUCCUUUGAGCCAAAUCAACCACUCUCAAAAAACCGCUUUUCUCGGCGUUUUCCUCUCCGUCUUACCAUUUUUCUCUCCCAAUCUCUUCCAACCUCUCGCUCGUGCUUCGCCUUCCAUGUUCUCCGAAUGGAUCGCUCCUAAACCUAGGCAUGUUACAUUGCUACAGGGUGCUCUGCAACACAAAACUUCUCUUCAAGUACAAGCUAAUCUCUGGUCUCCCCUUCCUUUCCAAGGAUGGAAACCUUGUACCAUACAUCCAAAAUCACCUUCGCUACCUGAAAAGUCUCAGGGUUAUAUUCAAGUUUUUCUCGAUGGAGGAUUGAACCAGCAGAAGAUGGGGAUAUGUGAUGCAGUAGCUGUUGCUAAGAUUUUGAAUGCAACGUUGGUGGUCCCGCAUUUUGAAGUGAAUCCCGUUUGGCAAGAUUCAAGUUCAUUUGCAGAUAUAUUUGAUGUGGAUCACUUCAUUGAUGUUCUCCGUGAUGAAGUAUCUAUAGUGAAAGAGCUUCCCAGUGAGCAUUCUUGGAGCACAAGAGAGUACUAUGCCACGGGCAUCAGGGAUACUAGAAUUAAAACAGCACCAGUUCAAGCUACUGCAGAGUGGUAUAUAGAAAAUGUAUUGCCGAUACUUCAGAGUUAUGGUGUUGCUGCUAUUGCACCGUUCUCUCAUCGCUUGACAUUCAACGGCUUACCAUCUGACAUCCAGCGUCUCCGUUGUAAGGUCAACUUUGAAGCAUUGAACUUUGUUCCACAUCUACAGGAAUUAGGAAGUAUCAUUGUUCAGCGCCUUCGCUACAAUGCUACUGUCACCCAAGAUGAAGCAAAUGACUAUUUGCUAGAGGAAACCAAUAAGCUAGGAAAACGACAAAGCGGGAAGUUUGUUGUGUUGCAUCUGCGUUUUGAUAAAGAUAUGGCUGCCCAUUCAGCCUGUGAUUUUGGUGGGGGUAAAGCUGAGAAACUUGCUCUAGCUAAAUACAGGCAGGUGCUUUGGCAGGGAAGAGUGUUGAAUUCUCAAUUCACAGAUGAAGAGUUGAGAAAUCAGGGGCGUUGCCCACUGACUCCAGAAGAGAUUGGAUUGCUCCUAGCUGCUUUGGGGUUCAACAACAAAACACGGCUUUAUCUUGCUUCCCACAAGGUUUAUGGUGGAAAAGCUAGGUUGGAAACUUUAAGCAAGUUAUUUCCUUUUAUGGAAGAUAAGAAGAGUCUAGCCUCUGAAGAGAAACUUGCAAAGGUUAAAGGAAAGGCAUCACUAUUAGCCGCUAUUGAUUAUUAUGUGAGCAUGCACAGUGACAUCUUCAUUUCUGCUUCUCCAGGCAAUAUGCACAAUGCUCUGGUGGCGCACCGUGCUUAUAAGAAUAUGAAGACUAUCAGACCAAGCAUGGGACUUUUGGGCCAGCUAUUUCAAAACAAGAGCAUGAGCUGGCCAGAAUUUCAUCAUGCAGUUCUUGAUGGGCAUAAGAACAGACAAGGGCAGAUAAGAUUAAGAAAGGAGAAGCAAUCAAUAUACACCUAUCCAGCUCCUGAUUGCAUGUGUAAAGCUGAUUGAAACAACUUUGGCAGAUGUAAAUUGAUCUUAUGCUUAAAACUACACUUAUGGCUUCUAUAGUUUCGACCCGUGAUGAUAGAUAGCCAACGAGUGGCUCUCAAUCGCCAAAUAAAGAUGAUCUAAGAAGUUGGUGUCGAAUGUGACUAUAACAUGGCUCAAUUACUCAGUACAAUAUCAAUCAUAUUUGUGUCAAAUUGAAAACUCAUAGGUUUGUUGCAAAUGGUGAGGGGAUAAAAUUGAAUAUUAGCAAACUUAAAGACAGUUCCUUUGAAAGCUGUAUAUUGCAACAUACUCUCAUUCGUUAUGAAUAAUGCUAUGAUAUGGUUUUAUUUACUAAAA